UGGGCAGGGUCCGGCCUAAGUGCGCAGUGGAUGCUGAGGGAGGAGAAAAAGAAACACUGCCUUCUUGAGUCGUAAUGGGUGUCUUAUUGAAAUACAAUUGGCACACUUUUAUGGAUGCACGCGUUGCCAUUAACCCGAGCCCACCCGUGUUGUGUGACAGCAAUCUAAUGAGGCUAAUAAGAAGCCUGGACUGUUCUGCUGCAGCUCUAGCGUAGACAAAUUGUUGCACCAAAUGCAACAUUUUCAUCUUUUCGCUUUCCUCGGCCCUUGACCGUCAGCUUUUGCCGCCGAUUUUUUCAUCUUUCCAAUCAUCUUUAAAAAUUGCAGGGAGGCACUAUGUUGACUAGUAUCACUGAAGGGAUACUGUGCUGCCUGACUGGGAAGGCUGCCAGUCUGGUCUUGCCCCUGGAGUCAUCCCAACCUUCUGAUGGUUUUGAGUUUGUGGAGGUGAAACCUGGGAGAGUCCUACGAGUGCGACACAUCGUCCCUGAACGGCAGCCAGUAGUAACGGAAGAGAAAAUCACAGGCAAGGAGAAGACAGAUGGCGACUGUGGUUAUGGCGACUUUCCUGAGGAUUUUUAUAAUGAGAGUGAUUCCGGCAGCAGUGUCCACUGCAAGAGGAAAAUCACCGUCUACCGUAAUGGCCAGCUGGUGAUUGAGAACCUGGGUGAUGUUUUGCAUUCUGAGAUCCUGCAGUGUCAGGACGGGGAUCUAGAGCCUUGCAGCACUGUCGAGGUGGAGCUGGCUGACUAUAAAGAAAUGCCCUCCUCUCCAGACCCAAAUCCUCCUCCAGUUCCCCCAUCCCACGGAGAACAGAAGCCUGCUCCCCCUCCUCGCCGCCGCCGUCGCAAGCCCAAACGCACAGUGCUUAUUGACUCAAAGAGGGUGAUCUCAAGCUGCAAAGGGACACACUCAGAUGUAGCGCUGUUCUUCGUGCACGGUGUAGGAGGAUCUUUGGACAUUUGGAGCAGCCAGCUGGACUUCUUCUCUCGGCUGGGCUAUGAAGUCAUCGCGCCUGACCUGGCAGGGCAUGGAGCCAGUACCGCCCCACAGAUAGCAGCAGCUUACACUUUCUAUGCCCUUGCAGAAGACCUUCGUGCCAUCUUUAAGAGAUAUGCUCGUAAACGCAACAUCCUCAUUGGCCAUUCAUAUGGAGUGUCAUUCUGCACUUUCCUGGCCCAUGAAUAUCCUGAUCUUGUCCAUAAGGUGGUGAUGAUAAAUGGAGGGGGUCCUACAGCUCUGGAGCCCAGUCUGUGUUCAAUUUUCCAGCUACCAUCAUGUGUCCUGCACUGUCUUUCACCCUGUCUGGCCUGGAGCUUCCUCAAAGCUGGAUUCGCCCGUCAGGGUACCAAAGAGAAGCAGCUGCUGAAGCAGGGCAAUGCCUUUAAUGUGUCUCCAUUUGUCCUACGAGCCAUGAUGAGUGGACAGUACUGGCCUGAGGGGGACGAGGUCUAUCAUGCUGAGCUUACUGCUCCCAUCCUACUGAUUCACGGCAUGUGUGACAAGUUUGUUCCCAUGGAUGAGGACCAGCGUAUGGCAGAGAUCCUCCUGUUUGCAUUCCUAAAAGUCAUCGAGGAGGGAAGUCACAUGGUCAUGAUGGAGUGUCCUGAAACAGUCAAUACCCUCCUCCAUGAAUUCUUUCUAUGGGAGCCUGAUAUGUCCAAAAAAGACAACCACAAGUUGGACACCGAGAAGACUGUUUGCAUCAAUGACACUCUCCACACACUGAAAAUCAAUAAGGCUCUGGACAAAUAACCAAAAAAAGAGUCUAGUUAUAUCACAGAACCCAGCAGAAAGCCUUUUUUGGCAUGUGUUCUUGAAGCUACUCGCAGGCUGAGAGCUGUUACAAACAGGGCCACAUCUUCAGGAUGUGCACGGCCACUGGUGCUCAAAGAUAAAGUGGGACUUAGGCAUGGUGCCCAUGGGAGGACGACGGAACGGACUUAAAGAUGAGACGAUUGGAUGCAAAUGUAAAGUCGGUUUUUGCUGCGCUUUUGAUACCAGUCUGUGCUCCAUCUCUUCAUGUAUGAAAAACAACACAACAUCUGGGGAUGUAGAGGACUGUGUCCAUUUGUGAAUUGUGAAAUGUUUUCUUCUGGUGAAGAACUGAGAAACGCAAGACGCAAAAUGCUUAAAUCCAUGAGAUGGUGUCUGAAUUGUCUCACCUUUAUCCUAAAUAUUAUGUAAAGUAGUACAGAGCUUCUGUUCAACCUUUACAAAAUGGUCUUACAUCUGCUUUAUGAGAAACUGGUAAAAUAAUAAUAUGCACUGAACUGAUGGAUUACUGAUCUGAUGGUUGGGGACAGCUUUUAUUGAAAUGUAACAGAUUUUCAUGAGAAAGUGGCUGGAUAGUUGUGGGGAAUGGUUUAGAGACAUCUUAUUUAUAACAAUGUACAUGCAAAAUAUAAUGAAUACUUAAUAUUUAGAUUAAAUUAUGGCAGAAGUGUCAUUACCAAAAUACACUCAUCACCUGCAAUCCAGCCACCAACCACCACUGCAAACACUACUUAAGACAUGACUCACAAUCACAGCUACUGUUAAAAGAUUGGUUUAUUUUUUUCCAAGAAACAGACAUUUAUUUUCAAUAUAAUGAAUCCUAAUAUUAAAUUCUAGUAAAGAAAGCUUCAUCUGUCUAUGUUAAGCACAAUAUAACCAAUCCAUCAUUUCAUAGUUGCAUGACAAUUAAGUAACCCUUAAUGAAUCAUUUAUUUGAACUGGUUACAAAAACAGAUGUAAACAAACACAUAGACCAGAAGGUUUUCCUCUUUUCUUCUAGCCAUUUCUUUAAUAAUAUCCUAAGGAUAUAAGGUACUGAUUCCCUGCAUGAUAACAGAACAUGAAAAGGGUUUCAUUAGACAGUUGCAAUAUAUUCUCAUAUUUGAAAAUCCCAGUGACCUCCUCUCUAAUCAGUGUUCCUUUCACUAUUUAUGGAUUAUUUUGCCUUUAUUCUAAAAUAACAGCAACUGCCAUGAAAAAUGUGGUUACAUGGACUACUUUAAGCUGCUGUUUCCAUACGCUGAUAAAUAAGGAGUGUAUGUUCCCCUACUACAUUCCAGUGUAACCUAUUUAUCUCACAGUGUCAGACAGAAAGAAUGAGCCACACUUUGUGCUCAGUGAACGACAUUCAUUCAUGGGUGCUGCUUUGUCUCAUAAUGGGACAGUAAGGUGCGAGGAAAAGCACAGUUUAUGUAGGCUGGAUAGUUUAUCCUGUCAUGAGCAGAAGAUGGUGGGCUGAUGAGACUAAAAUAAAUCUGAGUCAGCCAAAGCAGGAAGUCCCCUACAAAAAAGGGACAAUUGUACCUAACAUGCUGGUCUGUUAUGUAUAUGCAUUUUGACAGAAUGCGGAUGCAACAUGACUGGUCUUAUGCAAUUGAAACAAAAAAGAGAGGAAUAGAGUGGAAUUAAGCUUACAACUCAGAAAACAUGAUAUAUUCUCUAUGGACUUUCCAAAACCGAGUGCUGCUGAUGCAAUGUACUGUGUUUCUCCUUUAGUGUCAGUUAUACUGUAUGGACUACAGGGUGCACAUGUACUUCUUCUUAUGCUAAAAUUGUGCAUAUACAAACUGUCAGUGCUCAUAUGUGCUAUAUCUUUUUGUGGUUAACAAAAUGUGUUAAUGUUAUUGUUGCAUUUAUUCAAGGGAAUCAUAAUAUAUGCACUGCCUGAAUGUAGAUGCAUAUAAUAUAUAGCCUAUGGAAACUGGUGGAUUCAGUGUAUGAACGUGCCUUUUCCUGGCAUGAAAUAAAACUAUGU